CCUAGAUUUCCUCCCCCUCUCAGCUGUACUUAUACCUCAGAAGCUAGCCAGCCCUGCGACAAAAAAAGAACAAGGAAACAUAAAGCAAGACUCAGCUAGCAUGAUGGCCCGAUGUGCUCCACGGCUUAUCCGCCCCUUGCUAAAUGGACUUAAUUUGGGCAAAGUUAAUUCUUUUCAAUGCCUUAGAGUAGCUGAGCACAGUCAGGCACCUGCCAGCCUGCAGCCAGAGAGAAGCUUCAGCUCCACACACAGGCUCCAUGAUGUCCCAAGGGACACAGGCUCUGCGGACAGAGUGACGGUGCAUUUUAUAAACCGGGAUGGAGAGAGACUCACGGCCACAGCCAAAGAAGGGCAGAGUUUGCUGGAAGUGGUGGUUAAUCAAAACCUGGACAUCGACGGCUUUGGUGCCUGUGAAGGGACAUUGGCCUGCUCCACGUGUCACCUCAUCUUUGAGGAGGACGUCUUUCAAAAGUUGGAUGCCAUUACAGACGAGGAGCUGGACAUGCUGGAUUUGGCCUAUGGACUCACUGAUACAUCACGCCUAGGCUGCCAGGUGUGUGUGAAGAAGGCGAUGGAUGGUCUGACUGUCCAGGUCCCAAUGGAGGUUGCUGACAUGAGGAGAGAGCUGGAAGUGGGAAAGCAAAGCAAAUAAUGUACAAAUAAUAAUAUUAGUAACCGGCAUUGGCACCUGCACAAAGCCUUCCCUUUAAUUUAGGAGUGUUUUUUAAAGUAUGUUAUAUUUUGUUGUCUUCAUUGAGCCUUGUGACCAGUUUGCAUUAGGUCACAUAGGCCCCGAUUCAGUAUCCAUCCCUAUUCAGCAAAACUCUUCCUUACACGUGCUAAACUUGAAGGACUUAAGCACAUGCUUAGAGUUAAGAACCUGCUUAAGUCCACUGAUGUUCAACAAAACACCUCAGUGUUUUGCUUAAAUGCUCUGCUGAAUUGGGGCCAUAGCAAACACAGGUGAUUCUCUCCCUUCCUUGAAGUUAAGGACAUGCCAUUCACAGUAACUGUUGGGAAUUUUGCUGGAUCUGGCUACUUAACUGUAGAGAGACUUCCCAUUCUGACAUAGUUGGGGGGACGCUAGUGCCAUAAAAUCAUAACUGCAUGCAUCAGCUUGAUUAAAUAGGCUAAGUUAGUUUGAUAAAUAGCAAUGGAUUGAUAACCUUCAGGAUUCUGCUAUUUUAUACAGAAAUGGAAUUAUUUUCCCAUAAAUAUGAACUUUUUGUGCCAAUGUGCACUACCUGCUAAUUUCUCCAAAUAUUUGCUCCUUUCCCCACUAUUGUAUCACAUUCCAGCUCAAAAAUAAAAGGCUAAUCACUGGGUUUCUAGACCAAUUAAAUUUGUUUUCCUGAUGUGGUUGAUAGUACAAUGAAUGAAAUGGAGAUUUGGGGCAUGAACAUGCAGCUGCUGUUUUAAAAGAUGUAUUUUACCUCCUGGAUUCUUUCUUGCUGAGCUGUCUAAGCUGCAGUCAGAGGUGUGACUGCAGCCUGUGUAGUCAUACCCAAGAUCGCUUUGAUCUGUCUCAAAUAACAAUAGCAGUGAAGCCUCGGCAGCAUAGGCUGUAUAACCCUGCCUGCCCACUUCACCCUCCCUUAGGCUAGGUCUACACUACCUGCCUGAAUCGGCGGGUAG